AUGAGUUAAAUCGAGAUGCAAUAGUUUGAUCAAGACAGAGUACCUGAUGAUGAGAGGGAGGAUGAUUUUAAAAAUCUGAUAGCAAUAUUGGCUGGGAAAAUUAGACUCAAAACAAUAGAACCUGGGAUUUUGGGUAGAUUGGAUCAUUUAGAAAAUUAUUACGAUCUUUUGCCUUUCAACGUCAGAGGAUUUAGGUUGAUUAACAGAGCAAGUUUGCUUGAUGGUGAUUUCGCAAAGAGAUACAUAAUCAAAUAAAUAAUUGAUUUGAAUUUAGAUCUUGAAAAUGAUUUUAGAAAGCAUUAUUUGAUAGAUACAGCUGUAAACAUGAUAGAAGGAGUGCCAACUUGGUCAUUCUUUGUUAGUUUAAUUUUGCUAACAUUGUUUUUGUUAUAGGUUUGUUUGGAUUCGAUGUUAUAUAACCUCUUGGUUUUGAAGCAUGAUUCUGUGUAGACUGAAUACGAUAAUACUACAGGACCUACUGCUAAUGAUGAAUAAACUUUGCAUGAUUUGAAGGAAGAAUUAAUUGCCAUUUGGUUCUUGUACAUACUGCUCCCUUUUAGAUUGGGAUUGUGGUUGAUAGAUUUGAUCAUUCGUUACACAGGUCUCAGAUACUUCCGAAAAGAAUACACAACCUUGGCAAUGUUUUUUGAUUUUCUAUUGGGAUUGGUGACUAUAAUAAUAGUUGGUUUCUCAACGAGACUGGAUUACAGUUUGAGAUCAGACACUGCUUAAACUCAAAUCGAAUUAGUAAUUUGA